UAACGCUAUAUAAACAGCUGCGUUUCUGGAUCAGAUCAGAAGAUCAGAGUUUUGCGGACCUGCUGAUCCUCACUGCGCUCUACUGCUCUCUUUACCAGCUGCUCCACACCUUCACCCACUGCACCAGUGACUCUACUGGAGUUACUGGUGCUCCACCCAACACCGUACCAACUCAACCUCACCUGCAAUCCACUCCAUCUGCAGUUCAUUACACUUCUACAUCAUCCACUUUCAUAUCCACACACUCCAUUCACGUUCACAUUCCCACACACACUCCAUAUACAUUCACACACACACACACCAUUCACAUACACACAAACACACACACACACACUUCUCCAGUCUUCCCCAACAGGAUUAUCAACAUCAUGGCCAGCUCACCUCGGCCCAUCCAGGACAUCGUUCACCAGGAAGAAGAAAAGAAGACGCUGAAGAGGAGCAGGAAGAGAUCCUCCAUCCAGCUGUCUCCUGCACCUCCAGCAGUGAAGAAGCAGAAGAUCCAGGAGUCUGCAUCUACACGUGACCUGAGGGAUGGAUCAUCAUCGUCCUCCUCCACGGCGGUACCUGCGGGUGCUGUGCUUUGCCAGGCCACGUCUGCUCUCACUCACGAGACGGUGCUGAAGGACGUCUGGUGUGCUGAGCUGCUGGACUUGCUAGGCGAGUUCCUGUGCCGCCGCUGCAGACGCCUGGAAGACUUCACUCCUGAGGUCUCCACGAAGUGGCUGCGCAGCGUGGACAUGCUCCUGGUCAUGGCCGGAGGACACUGGAAGCCCUUCCUCUGCCCGGGCAGCGUGGUCUUCCUCUACAUGUUGUGCCGGGACUCCAUCUCAGCGGAGGUGUCCAGCGAGCACGAGAUGUGUGUUGAGCUGCUCACCUGCUUUUUCGUUGCGUGCUCCUACAUCGGUACUCAGCUCGGCUACCCUGCACAGCCUUUCAUGCUGGAGAGGAACACGCAGGACUUCUGGGAGCGCACUCUGGACAUCACCAAGCGCAUGAGCCAGAAGAUGCUGCUGAUCAACACCUCUCCGCAGUUCUUCUCCCAGGUCCUCGCUGACCUGAAGAACAGGACAGACGAUUAGGAGAUUUUGAGGAAGGAAGAUAGAAAAAUAGGAUUAAUAGAAGAUACUAGAAAGAUAGGCGGGACAGUAUAUCAAUAUUGCGAUAUAUCGUAUCGAUACGUGGCGUCAAAUAUCAAUAUUUUAUCGAAACACAGGCGACUCGUUCCCUUUAUUACCCCAUGUGGAGGCGUUAAUCAAAUAAAUAGGGUAAACCACAUUUGCAGGACACUUGGAUAGUACUGGACCUUCUUAUUUGACAGCUUAUAUUUAGUAUAUAUUAAUCUGUUGUGCUGUCCGGUGUCGACCAGAGGAGGACUGGUUCCCCUUUUGAGUCUUGGUUCCUCUCAAGGUUUCUUCCUCUUUAUCUGAGGGAGUUUUUCCUUGCUACUGUCGCCACUGGCUUGCUCAAAAGGGGCUCGGACCCGGACCUAGCUAUUUAGUUUUAUUUUACAAUAAACAGACCAACUAAAAAAGUUUUGUCAAGUUUAUUAACUUAAAUAAAUAAUCGUAAUUAAUUUGUUUUGUGGCACUAAAGUAAAGUAACGUAUAAUAAGAUCUCGCUGGAGAAGAAGAGCGCUUGUGGAAAUGGGAACGGCAGCAGCAGGGUCCUCCUCAUGGCAUCUGUCCUGUUUUAGGAAGCAAUAGUUCUGUUUAAAUGUUUUACCUCUGUCUAAAAAUCGCAAUAAACUUUGAUUAGUUUAACCUGUA